AUGUCCACACUUAAAUCAUUGUAACGUCAAGCAAUAAGCAUAUUAUAAUUUACCUAAGUACUUGGUCUUUCGCAUAUUGGUUGUGAAAUUAAGUGAAAACAUGACGGUGGACGUGCUCACACCUUUUGUGUACUGGGCACAGACCGAUAAAAAGAUUAAUCUCAAAGUCGACCUGACUAACGUUAAGGAUGUCGGCGUUUAUCUUGAAGAAAAGAAGCUCAAGUUCUCUGCUGAUGGGCAGGGAGCCAGAGGACAAAACAAGUAUGGGUUCAACCUGGACUUCCAUUCUGAGGUCGAUCCUGACGAAAGCGAUUACAAAGUCAUUGACAGACAAGUGGAUUUUGUCUUGAUUAAAAAGUCCAAUGCCUGGUGGCCGAGGCUGACCGGCCAGCCACAAAAGCCGCCAUGGCUCAAGAUAGAUUUUGAUAAAUGGAAGAGCGAAGACACGGAAGAAGUCGAGGAGGCCAUGCGAGAUAUUUGUCAAGACUAUCCGGAUAUGUAUGAUUAUUUGCACAAAGAGGAGUUUGGUUACAGAAAAGAAGAUGUGAAAAAGGUCUAUCUUAUUCUUUACAAUUUAUUCCAGUGUAUUGGCUUUAUGUGCAUUUUUUCCGUUAUGGCUGUUAAAUAUUAUCGUGAUGGACCAGAUUCAAUGAAGGAUACUUAUGAAAAUGUUGGCAACCCCAUGAAGUUCAUUCAACUUUUAAUGUUUUUAGAAGUUAUGCACCCACUGUUCGGUUACACCAAGGGAAGUGUAUUAGCUAGUUUAUUACAAGUUGGUGGUCGUGCAUUCAUAUUAUUUGGUAAUAUUGAAGCUGAGCCAAGAAUGCAGGUGAAGCCAGUUGUGUUUUAUCUUUUCUUAGUAUGGACUAUGGUAGAAGUGGUUAGAUAUCCUUAUUACUUGACAAAACUUCUUAAUAUUAACAUGCCCGUUUUAAAAUGGUUAAGGUACACCAUUUGGAUACCCCUAUAUCCCCUAGGUUUUGUAUUUGAAGGGAUAAUAGUUUUAAGAAAUAUUCCUUAUUUUGAGGAAACUGAAAGAUUUAGCAUUCAUAUGCCUAACUUCUGGAAUAUUGGAUUUUACUAUCCAACCUUUUUAAGAUUAUAUUUACUCAUGUUUUGUAUUCCUGGUAUAAUUUUUGUGAUGAGACACAUGAAUGCCACUCGUUCUAAACAACUCAUCAAGAAGAAAAUAAAAAAGAAAUAACUUAUUUACAAAAAUUUUUGAAUAACCAAAAAAAACUGAAUCAAAAAAACUUUAAAUAAUUUAAGAAGCUUGAUAAUUGAAAAACAUGAAAAAAAUUUAUUUGACCAAAGUAUCGUUAAUAUGAGCAUUUGAACAAAGAUGUGUACAAUUCCUGGACAGUGAAAGCUGUAGUUUUAAUAUAAUUAUCGUCUGAAGUAGAAAUUUUUUUUAAGUCAAGAGCUUUAUAGAAUACUUAUUAUACUUACAUGUCAGUGUGCAUAACAGAGGUGUUUUUAGUAAAACUAAAAAACUUACUUUAAAUGGGAAGAUACGUGAUUGAUAGUCAACCAAAAACUGUUUACAUUUAUCUUUAAUUGUUAUUUACAUAAAUAAAUUUUUAUAACAUAUAAAACAGCUCUAAGUCACAAAGAAAAAAAAAAUUCUUUGAAGCAUUAAUACUGGUGCACAUGUAUUCGUCAAUGACGUUUUAAACAUUUUUUUCUUAUUUUUUAAUUAUAAACCAUCGUUCAAGUUCUAUAAGGAACAUCAUUCUGAUAAAUUACAACUUUUUUUUCUGUAUUCGAAUUCAGCUGGACAAUUAAAAUUAGGGCUAUACAAGCCUCUAGAUACCUUAAGACCCAAAAUUGAAUGGCUGCAGGUUUGGAUUUAAAGGUAACUUAGUUGUAAGAUAUCUUGGGUAUAACAAGCAGUCUGGCACUGUCAUUGGUAUCAUGGAUAUAAAAAUACUUCUCCAGUGCUUUGGAAUUCGUGUCCUGAGUUUCGAGAAACUGUCUCAAACUGCUUUCCCAAAAAAUUUUAUAGAAUACCGAUCCUGACGAUAAAUGUAAGCAACCGUGAGCGUGGCGAUCUUUUUCAUAAAUUUUGUCACUUGCUUACGUGAAAAACUUUAGCAGUCCAGACUACUUGAGGAAAACAUGUUUCUGUUAAAGGCAGUAAAUAACUUGUACCGUUUGAAAAAUAAAAUACUUGAUCUACA